CCUGCCUGUUGCGUGUUGACUUGCAGAUUUCCGUCUUCCUGGUGCUCGGAGCGGAAACGUUUUGUUUUUCAUCUCAGUUCAUUCUUGACUUGUAUCAGCGGACGUGUUUGAACACUUUCUUCCAAACUGUCGCGAACGUGUUGCCUGUGAUGUUGGAGCUUUUAUUUUGAAGGAAGCAGCGGGGCCGGUAAACAUGAAACCGGACAUCACAGUUUUUACGAUCCUCGCGGUUCUCACGGUUUUAACCGAAGCGGUUCGAUCCGCAGACACCGAGCAACAGGAAGAAGCGUCUCUCAGGUCGAUGCUGGACGACUUCGACGUGCUGCGUCUGUCCAGCCUGCAGACGCACUCCGUCCGCCGCAGAGACGUCCAAACUCAGAGUCACGUGGAGAAAACGCUCAGCUUCUACGCCCUGAAGAGGACGUUCAGACUGUACCUGAGGACGAACGACGAGCUGUUCACUGAGGACUUCAGAGUGGCGGUCGUGGACGAGGACGGAGAGCAGAGCUACCAGAUCAACAGACACAACUUCUUCACCGGACAUGUCAUCGCUUGUGUGUUUCCAGGAGAAGAAAAUUCUCGAGUUCAGGCUCAUAUCGACGACCACGAGUUCUCCGCUCACAUCCUGACUGAUGAGGCAGAAUUCAACAUCGAGCCUCUGUGGAGGUUCACGUCAGCGCCCCCUGAUGGUCGCCUGCUGAUCUACCGCUCAGAGGACAUCAGGAACCUGAGCCGCCUGCAGCAUCCAUCAGUCUGCGGCUACGUGACCUCCGACCCCAGCCACCUCCUCCCUGACAGCGUUAAAACAGCCAAGUUGACGGAGCGGGAGGAAAACGAGUCUGUGUUCAGAGGGAAACGUCAGGUCCACGACCACAAGAGAAACACGUGUCCUCUGCUGCUGGUGGCCGACCAUCGCUUCUUCAAACACAUGGGCCGAGAGGAGGAGAGCACCACGCUCAACUACCUGAUCGAGCUGAUCGAUCGAGUGGACGACAUCUACAGAAACACAUCGUGGGACGAGGAGUUCGUUGGCUACGGAGUUCAGAUCCAGCAGAUCAUCAUCAACAAGAUUCCGAGCACUGUGGAUCCAGGAAAAAGUCACUUCAACAUGAGAGGAAGUCCAGAGAAGGGCAGAGACGUUUGGGACGUCAAGAAACUGCUGGAGCAGUUCAGUGUGGACAUCGCAGAGAACGCCUCCAACGUGUGCCUGGCGCACCUCUUCACCUACCAGGACUUUGAUGAAGGGACGCUGGGGCUCGCCUACGUCGCCCCGGCCAAACCCGACAUCCCCGGAGGCCUCUGCUCCAAAGCGUGUCCUUCAUCGGCAAACCAACAGAGAGCCAUUUACCUCAACACGGGUCUGACCAGCACUAUGAACUAUGGGAAGACCAUCCUGACGAAGGAAGCGGACCUGGUGACAACCCAUGAGCUCGGCCACAACUUCGGAGCAGAGCACGACCCCGACAACAUACCGCACUGCGCCCCCCGAGAGGACGAGGGAGGGAAGUACGUCAUGUACCCGAUCGCUGUGAGCGGAGACCACGUCAACAACAAGGUUUUCUCAAACUGCAGCAAACGCUCCAUCGUGAAGCGUCUGAGGUCGAAGGCGUUGUCGUGCUUCAGGGAGAGAAACAUUAACGUGUGUGGGAACUCUCGGGUGGAGCAGGGGGAGGAGUGUGAUCCUGGACUCCUGAACAUCAACUCAGAUCGCUGCUGCACGGACGACUGCCGCCUCAGACCUGGAGUUCAGUGCAGUGACAGGAACAGUGCGUGCUGUAAAGGCUGCUGGUUCGAGUCCGAAGGCGAAGUCUGUCAGGAGCCCAUCGACGCCACCUGCAAAGGACACUCCUAUUGCACAGGAAACAGCAGCGAGUGUCCGCCCCCAGAAAACGCUCCAGAUGAAACCGUGUGUCUGGACAGCGGCGAGUGUCUGACCGGAGAGUGCGUUCCGUUCUGUCAGGCCGUCCUGAAGCUGCAGCCCUGCGCCUGCAACGAAACCAACUCGUCGUGCAAAGUCUGCUGUCGGAGCAGCGGUGGCGCCUGCGCCCCCUACCAGGACGAGAUGGGUAACUUCCUGUUCCUGCGCAAAGGGAAACCCUGCACUGUGGGCUUCUGUGACGGAGCGGGGAAGUGCAUGAAGCAGGUGCAGGAUGUGAUCGAGCGUCUGUGGGAUUUCAUCGAUAAACUGGACAUCAACACGUUGGGGACGUUUCUGGCCGAUAACAUCGUGGGUUCAGUCGUGGCGUUCUCUCUGCUCUUCUGGGUCCCGUUCAGUAUCCUGGUUCACUGCGUGGACAAGAAGCUGGAUCAACAGUACGAGCAAAGCACCAAGUCGCUGUUCUUCCCCAGCAAUGCCGAGCUCCUGAGCAGCCUGGAGUCCGCAUCUGUUCGGAUCUUCAAACCUCCGACCUUCCCCACCGCCGCCGCCCCCCUUCGUUUCCAGCCGUGCAGCCCCCAGCAGACCAGCACCCCCCCGGGCUCCGACACAGCCCUCCCUCCUCUGGACAGCCCCCGCAUGGCGACCAUCCAGGAGGACCCCGGCUGCGACUCCCACCUGGACGAGGACGCCCUGGAGGAGGCGUUCGGGCGCUCGGCUCAGCGCUCGUUCGAGGACCUGACGGAGAAAAGCGUGAUGGGUCGCAGCGAGAGGGCGCUGCUGUUCAGACUGCAGAGACAACAUCAGAUCGACUCCAAGGAGACGCAGUGCUGAACGUCCUGUCCCACGUCUCACAGCUGAUCACAGGUUUGAUGGAAGAGCGACAGAAAAACGAUUUGAACGUCUUUAAUAAGAAACAACGUCUCCUGUUUUAAACCCGAUGCCUCGUCGUCUCUCGGCUGGAGCGUCCACUUCAGAAUCGUCUUCGUCUUCUAUCACAACGUAAACUUCGAUUGUGUCUCAGAGACAAAGCAUCAGUUCCACGUGACUCAGCGUGAGCGACACUUUGAGUUGUUCAGUGACGACUUCAGACUCCGUGGGCCUCUCAGAACGAACUGUAAUAACUCUGCAGCGCCACCAUCUGGUCAGUUUGAAUUUGUCCAAUACUUGGCUUCGUGACCACAUUCUCACAGAAGUGAUGCUGUUCUCACUGCGCUUCUUGCUCGUGCUGCUCGUGGUCACCAUUGUCAACAUGUCGCACAAAUUCAGACGUGCUCGUCUUUUUAUCGUCUUUUGCGAUGAAACACUGAACCGCUUUAAACCAGCUUCUGUCUCGUCCGAUUUCAGUUCAGCCUUUAGAAAAGCAAAGAAAUCUGCUUAGUUUUUUUGCAUUAUGUUAAAUAAAAAUAUCAAAUUUAUAUUUUGAACUAAAUCUCAGGUAUCGGUUCAGCUCACGUCCGAAAGUUCCUGUAAAAAGGAAACUGAUCUAAAAAAUGCCAAAUAUUAAACCUUCAGGUAUUAAAAGUAAAACCAUCAGUUGUUUCUUAGCAACCAAAGAUUCGUUGACUUCAGCUGCUCGUCCUCGUCUCAGCGCUAACGUUCAUUUUUAAAUGUUGGACAAGUGAAUGCGUUUGUUACUGAUUCAUCGACGUCGACGUCAAAAACGUUGGUAACAUAUUGAACUGAUUGUGAAAACCAUCGGAGUUUUAGCUCUGAAAGGUCAAAGGGCAUCAGUGACUGAUGACCGUGUUUUUACCGUUUAACGUGGCUGAAAGCGAUUCAGCAGGAAGUGUCGGUCACAGGUCAAAGUUUGUAUUUUAACUCAAAUCUUUUGUUUUGAGUUGAAAGAAUCUUGGACCAUGUGUCAUCACAUCUUUUUGAUUCUUAAAUAUUGAGUUUUACUCAUGAAUUUUUAUCGUUCUUACGUCUCGUGUUAAAGUCCCUAAAAAAACCCUGUUUUUAGCAUCUCUCUGGGAGUUGAACCCAGAGUGUUAGUGCCUUGCUCAACCCACUCUGCUACACAAGACUCUGUGGAUAUAUAUAUGUAAAUAUAUAUAUAUAUAUAUAAAUACAAACGUGGAUGUUUGAUUUUCUGUUUUUAAAACCUUGAUGUUCAACUUAAUCAAGUAAAUUUGAAUUCAUCUGAAACAGUUGAUUAUUGAUUCAUCAGCAGUUAUUUUUCUCAUCACUAAACUUUUUUCAUCAUAAUGAAUAAAAUGUAUUAAAGUAUUUAAUGAAAGGGACAUUUAAAGAAGUUACCUUUGUCAAUGUGAUGGGUAUUUUCUUUUUUAUUGACUAUUGAGGUUUUAUAGAUCAAAUGAUUAAUCAAUAACUAAAACAUAAAUAUUGGAAAACUGCUAUUUUUUUAUUACUAAAGUAAAAUCCCCUCAUAUACUUAAAAGUUCUACAUUUUUGUGUAAAAAAUUUGAACGAGAAUGUUUCAUAUAUUUUUCUAUUUGCUUUGGCAGAUAUGAGCUUCCUUAUUUUUCAAAUCAUAAUUUUUGUUUUGUCAAAAAUUGGACGUGUAUUUUAAAAUCCCUCAAAAAUAAGUUUUAAACUAAACCUCUGAAAAAACAGCCGUUUCUAAAUAAACAUGUUUUACCAGCAGCUUGCGUCGUGUCCCCAUGGCAACUGGUUCCUAAAAUCUGUGUUUUUUUAUCUGGUCAUAUUUUUGUGUAGUUGAAUAAACCCAGACUGUUGUUAAAUGUGUAUUUUUGUGUUGACAGUCGCAGCAGUGUGCCUUCUGUUCACGUCAGUAUUUUAAACACUGUGUUGUUUGUGUUUUUCUUUGCUGCUGAUGUGAAGAUUUUAACGUUUUAAUGUUCAGUUUCUCGUCGCUCAGUAAAGUGAAUUUAACGUUAAACAUCCUGAGCUGUUUUUUGUCAGUGUGGAAUUUAACGUCCGUCAUCAUUUCCCUGUUUGUUGUUUCAGGCUCAGCAGCAUUUUCAGAUUUAAUGUUCUAGUUGAAGAUUUCAAGGUUUUUAUUUAGUUUCUUGUAAUUUCAUUUUAUUUUGAAAACUGGAAAAAUCCAGUUUUGUCGAGAGCUUCUGAAAACGUCUUUAAAUCGCUAAAAUGCAUCGGUUCAUUAUUAUUAUUAAUAGUGAAAAAUCUGUUCUUCAGUCGAGGAGCUGGAACCAGAAAAUAUUUGACAUAUGGACAAACUGAUCAUUUGACUGAUCGCUGCGGCUUCAGUCAAACGACUUUUUAAACACUGAGACAAUCAGUCGAUUAAUUAAUGUCCAUCGAAAGAAAGUCGCCAGCAGAUAUUCUUACGAUCGAUGAAAAAUACUGAAAGUUUCCUUCUUUUGUGUUUGAGACAUUUGAGUUUUGUUUCAUUGAAUAAAUGAAGUGAAAUCAA